AUGGCGGAACCUAAGAAGAAAGGGUUCUUGGGCGGGCUCAUCCGCUCCUUGAGCACCGCGCGCGGCGGCAAACUGGCAAAGGAUCCGCCGAGGACGGCAAGUGAGGGAGAUGUCAGCCAGAAACGAAGAACUGAUGGACCCGAGAUGGUGGGAUCCCGGCGCAGGCCCCGCCGGGUGGUCCGCCGUGAGGAAAAGGGCAAAGGACGGGCAGAUGCAAAUGGCCAUGUUUACGAGGCGUCGCCUCUCUCCGAAUGGCCUCCGUCGGGCGUCUCCAGUGAAGAAGAGCUUACCCUUGGACACGCCAUGGAUUUGAUUUCCCGAGGUGUCCCAGCACACAAGGGCCACAGGCGACCGGUCCCUCAUCGUUCCGAUCACUACUACGCUCUCUAUACAACCACGGCAGGCAACCACGAUGAGACAACCGAUGCCGCCAACCUUCAUGACUCGAUGAUCCAGCUGUCAACCCUACGCAUACAGGGCGCAAACACGCAUGUUUAUCCCUGGGAGACUCUCGAGCAGCCCAGCCUGGCUUUCACGCAUGGCGGUCGGCCAGGUACAAUCACCUUGAGUCAUUGGGCAAACAUGUCAAGUAUCAUUCCACCAGCCAUAGAGCUUCGAGAUUCAGGCUUGGUACCACGCGAGGUAGACCUCGUACAGAUCUUUGACCGCCUAAAGCAGCUUGAAGGCGGGUUGGAGGAUAACGAUGAGGAUCUGAUGUAUAGAAACCUGUACAAGCGAUUUCUGAAAGAUCCCGACAGGGUCUUCAGUCCCCACAAGUCCAUGGAGAAACAGAUCACAGACCUGAUCAUGGUCCUGUCCGGCCCUGGCUGGAUAGACUUUACGAUCCCCAAGAACCAAGUUGUCACACGCUUUAUAUUCGACACGGGUCAUGCGAACCACCAGCAAUACGUCAAGUUCUUCCAUCAGCUGGUCUUAAGCCUUGAGCUGGAGCUGCGGAUCAACUCGAAGCUUCAUAACGACUGGGCCAAGGAGAAAUUGAUGGGCCAGAUACCCCCGAGGAUUCAAUGGAAUAUGGCCCUUGCUCGAAGGUGGCACGACUAUGUUCGCGUUGGGGAGAGCGGUAGCGCGGCCGAUCAAGUGCGACUUCGAUACAAGUUGAGAAAGCGGCAGGCUAAAAUGCUAAAGCGUUUCGCCCAGAUGAUGAAGUGGCCGAAUCUCGAUGAGACCUUGGAGGCGCUGAAGCAGUAUGAGGUUGAGAGGAGCCUCUUGGACCUGAGCUCUCAUACAAUGGCAUUCUUCAGUGGAUUAGUGCUUCCAGGGACGACAUUUCCGUUUCUCAUGAUGAACUCUCUCAUCGAUAUCGACCCUGAUAAGGCAACAGACAAUCUGGCAUUGCUGACGCAUCUCCAUCCGUACUGCGGAUUUCAGUACCGCAACAGCUACACUUACUGGUCGUCCGCUUGUAUCGUUGGUAAGGUACUGGCUCCCACCUGCCUCGAGGUGGGGGGUUGGAUUGGGCCUGCACGACCAACAGUAGAUCUGAGCAGAUCUCAGAUCGCGCGAAUUCGUUCCAGAAGGCCGCGGCAACGGAUUACUCCAGAAGAUGUAACAUCGAUGAGUGAGAGAUCAGACCCCCUUGGCCCUCCAGCGGAAGUCUUUCCGGUAAAGGAGUACGAGCUGGUCUCACCGGAUGUGGAUGAUUUCACUGACACGAUUCGGAUCGAACUGCUCAACCUCAAGAGAACUCUACCGAACCGUCAAGACACAGGACCACAAUGGUUUGAUGCUUCCAUCCAGUUUGCCAUAGAUGGAGUUUCUUGGCCUCUACGCCUGACUUAUGACGUGUCAUUCAUCAAUGCUUGGCCCUGCUCUUUGGGACCGCACCCGUUGUUCUUCGACUACGAAUAUUCCUCAGUCAAGGCGGACGAGCUGGUCAAGAUCCAAGACUGGGGCAACCCUGGUGGGUUCAGCGGGAGAAGUGCCAACUCGACCCCAGUAGGCGGGAGUGCUCCCCCAAAAUCUGCAAUGUCCGAAGACGAUGCAGAGAGGGUGUUGGUGGUGUCCGCGUUUGGGGUUCGAGAUAAUGAAGUUCUCGCAAGGGCGUGGUGCUCACACUGGGGUUUGAGCGCCGUGAUAGCGGAUAUCAGAAAGACCUGCAUGGCAUGUGCCAUUCGCGAGGCCUAUGCUGCAACAGUGACGGUUGCCAUAUUGAUCGAGGAGCAGCCGGAUGAAGAUCUGUGA